AUGUUAUACGCGGGUGCUGAGACGCCUACAGGACCAAGUGCGCAAAUGGAGAAGAACGUGGUCAUUCUCGGUGGCUCUUAUGGCGGCAUAUCCACCGCUCACUAUCUCCUCAAGCACGUUAUCCCUGUUCUACCGGAUAAAAAUUCCUAUCGCGUUGUCCUUGUCAGUCCCUCCUCGCAGGCUAUGUGCCGACAGGCUUGCCCUCGAGCUCUGCUCUCGGACACCAUGUUCCCACAGGAGAAACUAUUUGUGGGUAUUUCCGGACUAUUCAACCAAUACCCCAAGGGCUGCUUCCGCUUCAUACACGGCGCGGCCACGGAAUUUGACCCGGUCAACCGAAAUAUCUCCAUCGCUUUAAAGGAUGGUGUCAGUACGACUACGAGGGUCGACUUCUAUGCUCUCGUUAUUGCGACUGGAGCCUCAACGCCUUCUCCUCUCCUCGGUCUAAACCAGGAUGAACAUGCUUUACGACAGAACUGGGCCACAUUCAGGGCAGCACUGCCGCACGCGAAAAGUAUCAUCAUUUCUGGAGGAGGACCUUCGGGUGUCGAAACCGCUGGCGAGCUUGGUGAAUUCCUCAACGGCCGUGCCGGCUGGUUUAACCCGAUAGCCCCGGGCCCCAAGGUGCAAAUCAUGUUAGUAACGACAGGAUCAAGGAUUCUCCCACUACUUGCAGCUUCUGCUGUGAAGAAAGCCGAGAAAAUGCUCGCUGAUGUCGGAGUGACUAUCCUGAAAAACACCAAAAUCACAGUGGUAUCACCACUGGGGACAGGAACAGACCAUGUGGCGGAUAAAGUGACCUUGACGAUGGAGUCUGGAGAGACAAUGAAUGCCGAUCUUUAUAUCCCUGCGACCGGCACAAUGCCCAAUACUGGCUUUAUACCUAAAGAUCUCCUUACAGCGGACGGUCGUGUCAAAUGCAGCCGGGGCUUCCGGGUCGAUGAAGCGGGGUCUCGCGUCUACGCUGUCGGGGAUGUGGCAUCCAGUAUAAAGCAGCCCGCGGUCCAUGUUAUACUCAAGGCCAUCCCCAUCCUCUGCGCCAAUAUGAAGCGGGAUCUUUUGACAGAUGCUGGAGUGUCCGCGGCCGAGGACCAACUGUUCGUGGAGGACUCCCACGCUAACCAAAUGGUACCCAUCGGAAGAAGUAAGGGGGUAGGUACGGCGAUGGGAUACUCUCUACCCAGCUUCCUGGUGUGGUUGGUCAAGGGGCGAGACUAUUGGAUGUGGACCACAGGGUCCAUCUGGAGUGGGAAACACUGGUCAUAG